UGAUACUGUUGCCGUCGCGUCUCCUUCCUGUGUAAAGCUCUUUGAGGAAAAAUGGGUUGGGUACCUGCAAAGACACUCCGACACUAAAGUUUCAUACCAAAGCUUGUACAAUGGAACUGAUGGGUUCUCAACUACAAACUUGAUAGGGAGUGGGAAUUUCAGUUCUGUCUACAAAGGAACUCUUGAUCUCGAAGACAGAGUUGUUGCCGUAAAGGUUCUAAACCUGCAAAGAAAAGGAGCUCACAAGAGCUUCGUGGCAGAAUGUAAUGCACUAAAAAAUAUUAAACAUCGAAAUCUUGUUCAGAUUUUGACAUGUUGUUCCAGCACAGAUUAUAAAGGUCAAGAAUUCAAAGCUUUGAUCUUUGAGUACAUGAGAAAUGGAAGCCUGGAGCAAUGGUUGCAUCCUACCACAACAAGUGUUGAGCAUCCAAGAACAUUGAGCCUUAAACAAAUAUUAAGUAUCAUGAUUGACGUAGCUUCUGCAUUACAAUAUCUUCAUCAUGAAUGUGAGCAGUCGAUCAUUCAUUGUUAUUUAAAGCCAAGCAAUGUCCUUCUUGAUGAUGAGAUGAUUGCUCAUGUAAGUGAUUUCGGCAUAGCAAGACUUCUCUCAACAAUCCAAGGUAUUACCUCCAAAGAAUCAAGUACACUUGCAAUAAAGGGGACUGUUGGCUAUGCUCCUCCAGAGUAUGGAGUGGGUGCUGAAGUGUCAACUUCUGGCGACAUGUACAGCUUUGGAAUUCUUUUGCUGGAAAUGCUUACUGGGAGAAGACCUACUGAUGAAAUGUUUGAAGAUGGUCAAAAUAUUUGUAACUUUGUUGCAAAUUCAUUUCCCAGUAAACUUUUUGAAAUUUUGGAUCCGCUACUUAUUCCGAUUGAGGAAAAUCAUUGGAAUCUUAAUCCAAAUGUUGAGAAGUGCUUAGUUUCACUUUUUAAAAUUGGACUUGCCUGUGCUGUGGAAUCACCAAAAGAAAGAAUGGAUGUGGUUGAUGUCAGCAGGGAGCUUCAUCGAAUUCAAAAUGCCUUUUUUG